AUAACACCGACACAGAUUCACGAGAGGAGAGGAGCUCCAGUAACAACAGCAACAAGCCGGGCAGAGCAGCGACACAGACGGACCACUUCCACCCCGGGUCGUCACAUGCGCCUGCUGUGAUUGGAAGACGACGUCAAACCGAGCAGGGGGGGGAAUCCAGCCGCCGGGUGGCCGUUCACUCCUGACACCAUGAAGCUGAGCGUUGCCUUGUUUUUUGCAGGGCUCUUCGGGGCUCUGGCCACCGUCUUCAUCCUGCUCUCCUUUGGAACCGACUACUGGCUGCUGGCGUCGGAGAGCUGCCCGCCGAACCUCACCGGAUCCCUGGGGCCCGAUGGAAAAGCUGUGGAGCAUGGAGACGCGACGCUACACGGGGUCGCCGUCGGGGAGCUUUACCACGAAGGCUUCUUCUGGAAGUGCUCCGUCAAAGACGUUGUGGACGACGACGAGAACCUGCUGUUGAAGUUCUGGUUCACAAAUCAGCCUCAGCCCAAGUUUUGUGUGCCGGCCUAUCUCUUCCCGUUCCCCGUGUCUGAUCAGACCCACAAUGCAACGCAGUACAACAAUGCCAUCAUCUACAGAGGCUUCUGGAGCGUGUUCAUGCUCAUCGGUGUGGCGGCUGUCGUCCUCGGAGGGUUCAUCAUCAUCUGCGCUGCUCCGUUUGCGAGCCACCACUUGUAUAAAGUUGGAGGUGGAUUCUUCCUGACAUCUGGUUUCUUCCUGCUCUGCGUGGUAGUGAUGUACGUGCUGUGGCUGCAGGUGCUGGACGUGCUGGACGUCUACGUCGACCAAAAGCGCUCGUCAGAGUGUCCAGACUUCCGCCUGUCCGUCACCUACGGUCUGUCCUUCAUGUUCGCUCCAGUCGGCAUCUUCUUCUGCCUCAUCGCCGGAAUUCUCUUCCUUUUUAUCGGCCGGACUGUCCAGAUUCACUACCACUGAGGAGGUUUUUCCUUCCUUUAAUUCUUAGGCCAUGUUUUUUCUCUUCACAACGUCUCUGCCACAUGAAAACAGGACAUUCAGUCUGGCUGAUCUGACAAACACGAACGCUUGGUUCCCAGACAAGUUUUCCUUCAGUGUUGUGCUAAACGAUAGCAGGCAUUACGACCCCGAACCUGUGUAAAUACUUUGGCUUUAGUUGAUCCUUGUGUGUUGGCAUGUAGGUUCUUUUCUCUCGGGAGUAUGAGGUAAGAGGACUGAACUGGCAUUGAACAAGUCCUUAAAAUACAUGUUUUACAUUUUAGAGGGUGUUUCUGGUCCAUGCAAGGCUCGUUGCCAGGUUGUGCAAUACUCCUGAGACCCUGCGUUCUCAUAUGAGGACAUUACAUUUCUGCUGUUCUGCGCCAUGAUACUUCAUUUGUACGAACAUUGACGCAUUGUCCUCAUCCGGGACCCCCGCCUGCACCAUCUAGUGGUCUCAUAAUGAAAUUACACUCAUUUGGGAAAAAACAAGAUGGCUGGGAUCUCAAUGAAAGUCUUCUAUGGAGCUCCCGACAGAAAUAUGGACAAGGUAAAAAUCCUAACCUAAUUUUAUGAUUGAAACUAGUAUAUUUAUGCACAAUAACGUCUGCAGCUUCACAUGGCAUGCUUUUUUUAUAUAUAUUUGAGUAAUAUUAGCAAGCUACAACGUCUGUAAACAUAAAGUACUCGUUUGAGGACAUCAGGUCUAUCUUCACUGCAAACACGUAAACUCUUUCCAAGAACAUUUGUCUUUAUUUCUUGCCCAAAUGUCCAAUUUCUAGUCAAAAUAAGUCUCAUUACACUUAAAAUACUUGUUUUUAGAUUUCCAUUUGUUUAAAGCACAUUUUCAUUAGAAAUAAGUAGAAUAAUCUGCCAGUGGAGCAAGUUUUUAUUUCCUUGUAAUAGGAAAUAAACAAUUGAAAAUGAUAUAUAAACAUAAAUGAUAUAGAGAUAAAACCUAAUACCCAUGUUUUUACUCUGUAGCACUUUAUUUCAUUCAAAAUGCUGAGUAGAUUGCAAAUAAAAUGUAUCAUAUUUUUAUUAUUAGAACCUGACCAGGAUGUGCAAGGAUGCAGGGCAGGACCAAGAAAGGGAAAUAGAUAGAAAAUAAACCCAUUGUCCUCAUGUGAGGCCAUUGGAUUUGAAAUAGUUCAACAGCACAUAGAAAGCAAAAAUUUAAUUUCAACAAAAAUUAGGUCCUACUGAUCCCAAAUAGUAAGGAGACAUAAAAAAUGCUCAUCAAACAAAAGCCCGGGUCUCAGGAGGAUACUUAACCGAGAACUGAUGAGGUCUGAAGGAUCAUCUGAGGAUGACAUUUUUCAAAAACAAUGACAAAAAACCCUUGAAAAGUCAUUACAAUCUCAGAAACUAUAUUUUGUAUGCGCAGUCAUACAAGUCAGUGUUUUUGGAAAGAGCUUUCAGCCCAUGAUAUUCUGCUUAUUGUUCAUAAAUGCUUACAUUUAUACAGAGGUGUCAAAAGUAUUCACAUUCAUUACUCAGGUAGAAGUAUAGAUACUAGAGUUUAAAAAUACUCCUGUAGAAGUUGAAGUAUCAACUCAAGUGUUUUACUCAAGUAAAAGUAUAAAAGUACUGGUUUCAAAACUACUUAAAGUAUAAAAGUAAAAGUAAUGUAAGGGGGAAAAAAGCCAUUAAGGACAAA